ACACUUUCCAAACCCUACGCACCACCAUUAUAUUGAUCGAUCUAUGCUGCUGCUGGUCGCAACCGCACCGCAGCUUCACGGGCCGCCCUCUCCCAAAAAUCGAGCACCAGAGUGUUUCAAUUCCUUCUCCAUAUAUUGUUGGUGUUAGUUUCCUGCUUUCCCUAGUCCCUCGCAAUCAACAGAUACCUCAUGGACGAUCAGGAGAACGAGCACGAGAAGCAUGCUGAUGCUGGGACUGACGUCGACGAAGAAGAGGAGGACGAAGAUGGCCACAAGCGUGUCGUCGUUCUUGGACCCCAAGUCCCCCUCAAGGAACAGCUCGAGCUUGACAAGGAUGAUGAGAGCCUGAGGAGGUGGAAGGAGCAACUCCUCGGGCAAGUCGACACCGAGCAGCUCGGAGAGACUGCGGAGCCGGAGGUGAAGGUGCUCAACCUGACCAUCCUGUCACCGGGGCGGCCAGAUCUAGUGCUACCGAUCCCGUUCGAGGCCGACGACAAGGGCUAUGCGUUUACGCUCAAGGAUGGCAGCCUCUAUAGCUUCCGUUUCUCCUUCACCGUCUCCAACAACAUCGUUUCAGGCCUCAAGUACACCAACACGGUCUGGAAGACUGGAGUCAAAGUGGAGAACCAGAAAAUGAUGCUAGGGACAUUCAGUCCCCAGCAAGAGCCGUACGUUUACGAGGGUGAAGAAGAGACCACACCUGCUGGCAUCUUCGCAAGAGGUUCCUAUUCUGCUAAGCUAAAGUUUUUUGAUGAUGAUGGCAAGUGUUAUUUGGAGACGAGUUACUACUUUGAGAUUAGAAAAGAGUGGCCAGGGCCAGCAACCUAAUGAUAUGGAGCGGCGGUGUUGGAUUCGUUAAAUGCAUACAUGUUAGAACUCUUAGUUAAGACGAGCAGAAGAUCUAUUAUAUUCUACUGCUUCAAUUCUAGCUAGAGGAUGAUUGCUUCACAUGCAUAUCGUCAUGUUUAACCACCGUACGUAUAAUUUGUUUCGAGUCCAUUAUUCUACGCUAUUUGCGUAUUAUUAUUGUUAAUUCACAUUAUAGAAUCAGUCGUGUAUGGAGAUUCAAAGAUAUAUUUAUAUACUUAUGAGCUUCUUAUUGAAC